CUUACAAUACAGUCCAGUACAACACACAGCCCGCUGACAAUGAUCCUACCGUACCGACGCGACGACACCGACCUGCGAACUUCACUCGAUUUGACGCAGCCUCUUGCAGCGCACCUCCCUCCUGUCUCGAGUAGUGAGCCCCUCAGAGCGAUUGGAAAUCAGUCGCCUGGCCAGUUUCGAGGAAUACAAGCUACGCUAUCUCUUGCCAUAUCAGAAUUGUACCUACGAUAAAUAAUUCAUGUCGUAUGAACAUUUUUCUUAGCCGUUUUUCGUGCAACUCCUGCUUUGUUUUCAGAGCGCCACGCUCUGUUUUCCACCAUACCCGUUAGCUGUUUUUUAACUGAGCUGGACGCCAUGACGAGGUCUUCCAACACGAUCGCUGUCGGAUGGGUUCUGCUCGCCUUCCUACUUUCGAGCGCGGCAUUGGCUGAGUCCAAGACCAUUAUAGUGGGGUAUGGUAUUAUUACUCCAUGGAGGUACGGAAUCUCUGGAUGGAAGCCCUUUCGGACAGUGCAACCAGGCGACCAGCUGUUGUUCAAGUGGUUGGGGCCGCACGAUGUCUGGCAGUUUCCCGCGAAGAUCGCGUACGACAACUGCGACUUCUCCCUUGCGACCAAGCUAUAUCCUAAAACGGGGAUUUUUGGGGCCCACUACUUCUACAAUGUGAAAGAUAUUCAGAAGGGUUCGACCCUUUAUUUUGGGUGUGCGGUCGGUAAUCACUGUGCUAGGAAGAUGAAAGCUAAGGUAGUUGUUCAGUGACGGGUGCACGAUAAGGAGUUGCCUUUGCAUUCCUAUGGAAUAAAUGACGUUUCAUGGUAAUGGUAGUUCGAGUAAAUGUAAACUGCAGUU